CAGCGGCGACUCUUGUUUUGGCAGUUUGUUUCGAUAUUCGCAGCUUGUCUGUCCAAAAGGAAGGCGUUUAUGCGUCGCUUAUCCCAAAUUCAAAACCGAGGUAUUGUAAAUUUCUGCACAAACUACUCUUCGCGCCGGGAUCUUAGACUGUAAUUUAAUGAUUGUAUUCAGUGUUAGGGGCAAGAAUCUCCCCAGAAGUGAGCUAGCCUACCUGCUAGCUAGUGAGCCAAGCUACCUAACAUUAGCUUAGCUGGCUGCCGUGCUGCCCACUGGUUAGUCUCCUGUGUGGCUGCUGCUCUGUGGAAAUAAUGAAUUGUUUCUUUGACAUGUUUGUUUGGCAGUGUCCCAACACAGCGAUGUUUGGUGAAUGAGCAGUUCCUGUAGAGACUCAGUGUGUGGGCUGACUCAGGGAGCCUGUUAGCUCAGUACCACUAUGGCAGAUGGAGGAGGCGAUGACGACGUAAUUCACCUGGCAAGCUUCAAUGUCCACCGCAGCCAAGGCUGCCGGGCCCGUCAGAGGGAGCUCAUCACUAUUUCUGAUGACUCAGAUGAAGAACCUGUGACUCUAGUACCUGGUAGUCCCGUUUUAGUCCCAGAUGAUGUAGAUGAUGAUGAUGUCAGCAUACUGGAGCCGCUAACGACUCCACGAAGACAUGUGAUUCGCCCAGCUGCAAUAUGGGAUGGGUCCUCAGGCCAAUUAAUUCAAGUUGCGGUUCAAAGCCCCAUUGCCUUCAGAGGUGGCAAGGCAAACUCUUGCGCAGCAAGAACACCCACACGAAUACAGGUUCAUCCGCAGCCUAGCACAUCUAGAGAAACACAGCCACAACCUGGCUCUUCAGCGUGCACAAAGACUCAGCCAAAACCUGAUACAAACUCACAGCCACAGCCUGGUACGUCAGCACACACAAAGGUGGAGUCCCAAGCAAGUACGUCUGUCCAAACCCCGUCUACCUCCACAGAUGCCAAGGCCAUCGCCAUCACACCAGGAGCACCUGAAUGCAUCCAGCCUCAGCCUGGAACAUCUGGACACACACAGCCACAAGCUGGCUCCUCAGCACAGCCAGUGGUGCAGCCCCAAGCGAGUACCUCUACCGGUGUCACGUGGUAUUCUUUUGCUGUGGCACAGACUGCCAAGGCUGUUACUAGCACACACACACAAGACAAUCCUCAGGCCAGUACUUCAUCUGCACAUCCUCAGUCACAGUCUCACACACAGACACAACCUCAGUCUGGUCCAUCUGCGCAGCCCCAGUCACAGUCUCACACACAGACACAACCUCAGCCUGGUCCCUCUGCACAGCCCCAAUCCAGUGAGAUCACGAACCCACAGCCCAAGGUCCGCAAUGUCAUCAACGUGACGGAGGUGAAGCUACUUGUUGUUCCCCAGCAACCAAGCAUCCAAGCCUCCGCUCUCAUAACUCAGCCCCAGCCCAGGCCCAAGGUCAUGCGUAAGUCUGUGCCAUUGAAUCCCGCACAGGGCAACCUCAUUCAGAUUGAGCUGCAGCCCUUGGCCCAGGCCCCAGCCCGGGCCCCUCAAGCCCCCCAGGUGAGACAAAUCAUACCCCCCGCGGUGCUCAUAGCUGCAGCCCCAGAGAGACUGGGACCUCCAGAGGCAGGUCACCGAAUUAUUCUGGGCAGCCAGGCACCUGGUCAGGCCAUUCCCAACCCUCACCCUCAUGCUGGAGCUCCCGGUGAAGUUCCCCCAGCCCCUACCAUAAACACCAGGGUGCCUAACCCCAACUCCAACCCCCCUGCUCCCCCAGCUCCAGCGGCAUCAAUCCCCCAAAAUAGAGAAGAGGUUCAAAUAGUUCUGGCUCCAGCCCCAAACCCAGAAAGGGCCAAUCCAGCCCCCGGUCUAGUCAUAGUCCCACCAGCGCCAGAGGACAUUCCUAGGAUAGAGGACGCGAGGCCUGGUCCCUCUGUCCCACGGGAGGGACACCGGGCAGAGAGAGCAGAGCAGCAGCCUCACGUCAGAGCCUUGAUCACUGGGGUGCUGGAUCUAUUCCCCGAUGUCCAGGAGGCUUAUGUAGCAGAACUGAUCCGACAGAACAAUGUGAAAGACUUGAAUGUUAUCUGUAACCUGCUGUUAGAGAAUCCAGCAUAUCCAAGGAGGGAGACUGCAGCAGCCACAGCAGCCCCCACCAGCAUCCUACUGGAGUCUGGAGACGCCCAGACAGAGGUGACUGAGGACUUAUUUGACUAUGCCAAGCUGGGGACAGUGGGACCGGAGGCCGUGAUGCAGGCUGCUGACUUGCUGAUGGCAGACUUCAGGAUGCUCAGCUGUCAGGACAUCAAAUGGGCCCUCAACGCCCUCAAGGGACACUAUGCAAUCACACGCAAGGCCUUAUGUGAAGCUCUGAAGAAGUGGCAGGACUCAGGCGACUCCCCAGGAAAGAGACGGCGGAGCAGAUCCUCCUCUGAGCGCUGCUACAUAGAUUUCCAGUUUGAGCAUGGCUCAGUGAAGUUUGACAAGAGGAUGUAUUUCUUGGAAAAUGACCGUCGCUACUGCAGGACCUACGGUACUCUGGAAGCUUCCGUGCAGAAGGAGCUGUCAUUCUAUCAGCAGAAGGCCAAGGAAUGGGCAGAGCAUGAGGACUUCCUCCUGGCACUGCAGGUCAACGAGGACGAAUAUAAGAAGGACGGCCAGUUGAUAGAGUGUGGCUGCUGCUACGGGGAGUUUGCAUUUGAGAAGAUGACUCAGUGUUCGGACGGUCACCUCUUCUGUAAAGAGUGCCUGGUCAGAUACGCUCAGGAGGCAGUGUUUGGCUCCGGACAGUCGGAGCUGAGCUGCAUGGAGGGAGGUUGCCCAUGCUCCUACCCAGUGUGUGAGCUUGAGAAAGUCCUACCCGAGAACAUACUGUGUAAAUACUAUGAGAGACAGGCAGAGGAAGCAGUUGCUGCUACUUGUGCUGAUGAACUAGUGCGGUGUCCGUUUUGCAACUUCCCAGCCUUGUUGGACAAAGACAUGUCACUGUUUAGCUGCCCGAACCCCCGAUGCCGCAAGGAGAGCUGUAGGAAGUGCCAUGUCCACUGGAAGCAGCACAAGAACAAGACGUGUGAGGAGGUCCUGGACGAUGAUGAGACCCGCAAGAGGGUGAGCUUUGAGGAGCGCAUGACAGCGGCUCGGGUGAGGAAGUGUGUCAAGUGCGGGACGGGCCUGGUCAAAUCGGAGGGCUGCAACCGGAUGUCGUGCCGCUGCGGCAGCUUCAUGUGCUACCUCUGCCGAGAGCCCAUCACGGGCUACAACCACUUCUGCCAGCACGCCCGCUCACCUGGCGCUCCCUGCCGCCACUGCCGCAAGUGUUCCCUGUGGACCGACCCCACGCUGGAUGACGAGCGGAUGAUUCAGGAGAUCCAGAGGGAAGGAGAGGCAGAGCUGAAUAAGAAGUGUGCAGAUAAUUCAGGGAAGAGGGUCGGCCCUCCCCCCGAGCCCAUCACCGUUGCCAAGCGACCACGCGUCGGUCCGGCCCCGAACCCCCCGGCGCCGCCUCACCCCCAAGCGGUACGAGCUCCCCUGCUGGUCCCCCCGCGCGUCAUCUACCCUCAGCACCCGCCGCAGGCCCGGAUGUUCCAGAUCAUGCCGCCCCGGCUGCCCCCGGCACCCUACGUGCCCCCCCUGCAGCACCUGCCCCCCCUCAACAACAACAACAACAACAACCACCACCACCACCACCCUCCCGUCAAUCACAACGCUCAGCACCACAACAUGGACAUGAUGGACCUGCCCAUGCACUAUGGACCCCCACACCGCUACUACAGACGAUUCUAACACACACACACACACACACACACACACACACACACACACAGCCAACUUGUUGUUUUUCCCUGGGAUUUUUUGAAGAAAAAUUUAACCCAUUCAUCGGCCUAACAAAUGUUAUCUGCGGGAGAAUUCUUAUUCCCAGAAUGAUAGUCUGGUUUGACAGCUACCUGACCAGCUGAAACACACACACACACACACACACACACACACACACACACACACACACGGUGCGGUUACACUUUUCAUUUCAGUGCUGUUUUGGGGUUCUUUGUGGUUUAGUUCCUCGUAGGCCUAGAAAAUAAAACCUGUUCCUUUUAUCGUUGGUGUUUUUUUUUCUUUUAAUUAAAAAAAAAAAAGAGAGAUUUAUCGUGGAUCCGUGCUCGUCAAAGCACAGGCGACGUGCUCUGUCCGUUUAUUUACCGCUCCUCCUCUACAUGUCUUUCCUUAGCUCAUAUCUGCUUAUGCAAACUUCCACCGGGCUCACGCCUCGCCACUCCAGCACGUGGGUUUGGCUCAUCAGCAGCUUGGGAGCACCCGGGCCCGCCAGCUGAUGUGUCCUUGCCUGGUCACAUGAUUAAAAAAACACAAAAAAAAAAAAACGACAUUGAAACGACAAGUGUAUCUGUAGACGCACACACACUUUGCCUUCUCCCACCGAGCUCGGGAAGACACAAUGAUGCGGAUCAGCCCUCAGCGUUGGUUUUGGUUUUUGUUUUUGUUUACUUUUCGUCAUUUUGAGUGUGAAUUAUGGGGUUCAGCCGAAUGAUUGAGCACAUGGAGAGUUAUUUACGGGGUUUAUAAAGAUAUUUUUGAAUACUUAAAAAAAAAAGAAGAAGAAAACGUUAGCAUUCCCCUCUGUAUCUUUGCAUAACCAGUGUGAGAGCGCACUGUUUUAUAAUAAAGAUUCUGUUUUCACGUU